CGCCUACACGACCUUUGCCCAACACUUUGCCGCGUCCAUAUCGAAACUGGUCGCUGACCCACCUGUUCGCCACCUCCAGCGCAUUCAUCUCCACGACCUACAAGUUCACCGCAAUGUCAACGCACUGUAUCGCUUGACGGGCGAACUUGGCACUCUGCACCUACCAUGGCCAGCCUACGCAGCGGGCUGAGAUCGACAGGCACCCACAGACAAAGCCCUUCAGAAACACUUGAAACACUACCCACAACAGCGGCCGACAGCGGCAGCGAAGACAAUGAUGAAGACGACGACGACGAUGAUGAUGGGAUUCCGAACGCGCCUUUUCGACCUUCCUCGUCACGGGGCAGCGAUCCUGAUCAAACGACCGUUUCACUUGGUCGCCCUCCGGCGAAGUCCCUCGCAACAAAAAGCCUGCGGCUCCCGCGACCGGCCACUAGAAGAUCAGUGUCGCGCAUUGAUGAGCAAACCAAUGUCGUCCAGGAAAAGCCUCAGAAAAGGCGGAAAACCAUACACGAUCCUUACAGCUUUCCGAGUUCGCCACCGCCACAUCAGGAAGAUGGAGUAGGGCCCGGAAGAUAUGGCCCUGUCAAUCUAUCCACGACACGACAACUUAUGAAAGACAACGACGAUGAUGACGACGACGACGACGACGCAGACCCCCCACCAGGAUUACUUGGCAAAAUGACGGCUGCUUUUAUCCACGCCAAAGAUGCUGGAGCAACCGAGUUUGACACCGCUGGAGAAGCAAACAGAUCAGCGGACGUCGCUGCAGACGAGCCUGUACUGAGCCCUGAUCGGGACAUUGAAGGCCCUGCCCUGAAUGAUGCUCUCGAGGCUGAACACGCGCCAUCUAGCGAGGAAGAACUCUCAGAGAGUCUGUUUGUGCAGCAGGAGAGUGGCUACGACGUGGAAGAGUUCGACGGACCUGCUGAUGGUGAAAUAGCCUACCGUGAAGUCGACGUGGAGGUGAAGCGCGUUACGGCUGCCAGUGUGGGAGUCCUGGAAGGCGAGCAUUCGGAUUAUCAAAGCUCCGAUUUAGGCGCGCAAAAUGCAGACGACGCAGACUUUGGCAUUCAAGAUGGCUCUGAAAAGAGCCCCUCAAUCAGUGAAGCGGCACAUGGGACUAAAGACGUCGACGACCUCGAGUCACUUGCCUUGGACGGCAUCGACGAGGACGAGGACCACGGCGCCACAUCCGAUUCCCAGCUCGACAUAGACGCUCUUUUUCAGCGGGACGUUGCAAGCUUUGCGAAGCAUUACGACAGCGACCGGAAUUACCUCGUCACCUUCCACGCACUCCCAGAAGACUGGUGCAACACCGUGAGGAUACGCUACGAAGAUUUCCGCACGUGCAUAUUGCUUAUGAAGGGGGAUUCCUGGACCGGACAUGGGCGGAUUUAUUGGGUAUCCCGGCCCUUGUCAAGCUUGGAGCCCACGACGACCCCUGGCAGAGCCCUCUACUCUGUGAUUGGGAAGCUUGAGCGAUUAUGCAGUGUCGUCCCAAAGGCGCCUCAAGUGACAAGCCAAACCAAAUUUCUCCAGGAGCACCAAACCAUGCUCAGUCAUUAUCUAUCCCAAAUCCAGCUCAUUUGCCAGCAUAUCACGCAGCAGAGACUGCGUAGAGCUCAGCAUGAGGGAUCAAAAGAAACGCGGCAUGUUGGCCGCAAGAGAAACGAGAUGCUCGUCGACACCAUGAGACAUAUUAUUCCUAUGCUGCUUCAUUGCGCAAACUCGAUCUGGAGUCUAGCAGGGAAGGACGAUCACAACACGUUUACCAAGUGCACAAUCGACCUCUUCGAGCAUGUGCUGUUUUGUGUUAAACAGCUAUGCGAAGCAGUUGUGAGAGUCCUUGUGAAACUGGCUGGACACGGCGAGCCUCCUUCGAGCAAGGGUGCAAGCCAACCCGAUGAGCGGACUGAGCAGGCUAAGACCCUUGCUUUCAAGCUUGUACUGGCUAUCAACGAAAUCAGAAGAGCUCGCGAUGCUUUAGCUGAGGAGGGCGUGAAACAACAACUGCGGCAGGAGAAGCAAGCAGUGCUCAUGCAGCAAAUGAAGAAGAACCAAGAGGCCACAAGGCUGCAACUUGAACAGUUGAGGGCUCGACGCAUCGCCCGCAGCAGCCAGCAGGCUUCUCAAGCUUCGAUGACGACCAGUCGGAGUGGGCCCAGCACAGGUCGGAAUACAACUCGUCAAACGAACGACCCGAACCAGCGGACAGUGCUCAGUUCACAGUCCAGGCCUCGAGAAGUGCCAUCGGGCCGAGGGGCCGACAGUCGAGUCCAAACUGCCGAGUCACGAUCAAUCAGCCACCGGUUUCGCAAAUGGAACCGAGAAGAGCAAGCUUUCCUCCUCAGCAAAAUACAGGACGCUUAUGUUGCAGUCGAGGGAGUGCCACAGCUUCCAGACAUUGAUGGGGUCAUCCGCAGAGAGCUUAACAGGCCGGUGAAGGAUAUCCUGCAUCAGACAGAAGUGCUCCUAACACUCAUGCUGCGGAAGACUGGCCAAAUUGAGGACGACGCAGAGCGACAGUCAUGGGUAAAGCGGCUCAUGAGCACGUAUGACGGGGUGGGACUCGACUAGAGCGUGGAACAUUACAGUCCUGGCUUUGGAUUUGAAGCACAGUGUUUUGAGAAUGCACACUCGUGGUCACAAGGGGGCGUGAUGGCAUUACAUAAUGAUAGAUUUAGGAGUUUGUUCUGAUGUCCAGCACAUCGGCUGGAUGGUUGGUAGUACUAAGAUACCCCGCUUGUUCUCGAUUCCUUCAGCUUGCG